UUUGUUCUCGAAGAACAGGAUUUGAUUCAGGAUUGCCCUGCCAAUUACCUAUAGCAAGGCUCAAUCCUGUUCGUAGUGAAUCAGAAGCAAUGGUGAUGAACUUUUUGGUGACUACAAAGGGAUCAGAAGGAGGCAAUUUCAUAACACCAUCAGGACAAACUCCAAAUGGUGUGCUUGAUCUGUCAGUCAUAGACAGUUUAGCUGUUCUUCGAUGCAAUGCUCGUACACUACACGUCUUUAAAGGAGGAAAUGCUAUUGUCAUUCAAGAGGCAUUUGGAAAAGCUUUGGUUCCUUAUUACCCACUAGCAGGUCGUCUGAAAUUCUCAGCACACAAUAACCAGCUUCUCCAGAUUGAUUGUUCGGGUCAGGGAAUUUGGUUUGUUGAGGCUUCUGCUGAUUGUACUCUCCUCGAUGUCAACUACUUCGAUGAAGCUUCAGCUUUAGAUGACACUACUUUUAAUAAACUUCUACCUCAACAAAUUCAUUCUUCUACUCCACUUCCUGUUGGUUAUGACUCUUUCAUUGACCCACUGGUGCUUGUGCAGGUAACUGAAUUUAAGUGCGGUGGAUAUGUUAUGGGACUUACUUUCUGUCACAGUAUAUGUGACGGACUGGGUGCUGCACAGUUUCUAAAAGCAGUGGGUGAGUUCGCUAGGGGUGUUGAGAAACUGAGCGUUGCACCAGUGUGGUGCAGGGAGCUUCUCCUCCCACCUCCACAAAAAGGAGUUGCAGAAGACAACUCGUCAAUGCCACCACCACUCACUAUUCCAGUACCAGAUCAGCGGCUGGAGCAUGCUAGUUUCAACAUUCCCCUGGAUGAGAUCAAUCAGCUAAAACACCAAGUGAUGCAAGAGUUAAAAAUGGAUCAAAAUGUGUUUUGUUCCUCCUUUGAGAUUAUAGCUGCUACUUUGUGGAGGCACCGAACCCGAGCAAUUUGGAAUAUAACAGAUGACAAGAAGAAUCCCUCCAACUCCUCGUCGAAUACAAGCUUUAUUGCUGCAGAUGAUGCAGGUGAUGAAGAAGUGAAACUCGUGUUCUUCGCUAAUUGUCGACAACUAGUGCCGCUACCAGAAGGGUUCUACGGGAACUGUUUCUUCCCGGUGACUGUAACGGCUUCAAACAAAGUAGUGGCAGAAGCAUCUCUUGCUGAGGUAGUGAAGCUGAUCAAAGAUGCCAAGGCAAACCUACCAGCAGAAUUUUCACAAUGGCUCAAUAACAAGACUAACAAAUCUACGAAUGAUGAUCAAUUCAACGAUCCAUUCGCACCAGGACCAGGAGUGGGCUACAACACAUUGUUUAUCUCGGAGUGGGGACGAUUGGGUUUUAACGAGGUUGAUUAUGGAUGGGGCAAACCUGUGCAUGUUAUACCAGUACAAGGGUCUGCUGUGAUACCUGUAGGCAUUGUUAGCAAACAGCCUUUGCCUAAAAAUGGCAUUAGGCUCAUGACUUGGUGCGUCCACAGCCACCAUCUUCCUACAUUUCUCAACAUGAUGAACAAGGAUCAUGAUGAUGCUCUAACUAAUUAAUGUCUCUCCUGCUAUCAAAAAGUGUAUUCAUUAACUUGUGUGAUUUCUGUUAAUAUAUGUAUUUGUUGCCUGUGUGA